AUGCAAGAUCUGGAUAUACAAACGAUGUUGGAGGAAGCAUACAGUAGGUGGCUCCGGCCAAAUGAGAUCCAUGCUCUCCUCUGUAACCAUAAACACUUCACCAUCAACGUCAAGCCAGUGACCUUACCCAAAAGUGGCACGAUUGUGUUGUUUGACCGUAAGAUGUUGAGGAACUUUAGAAAAGAUGGUCAUAACUGGAAAAAGAAAAAGGAUGGAAAGACAAUUAAGGAAGCUCACGAACACCUAAAAGUUGGUAACGAGGAAAGGAUUCAUGUUUACUAUGCCCACGGUGAUGAUAACCCUACAUUUGUUCGAAGGUCUCAGGAGCACAUAGUUCUUGUCCACUAUCGUGAGACACAUGAGGUUCAGGCAGCUCCAGCAACACCUGGGAACUCGUACUCAAGUUCGAUCACUGAGCACUUACCACCAAAACCUGUGGCUGAAGAUAUUAAUUCUGGUGUCCGUAAUGCUUUUAAUACAGGGUUUGAAGUGCGCAGCAACAGCCUAGGUGCUAGAAAUCAUGAGAUUAGGCUUCAUGAGAUCAACACACUUGAUUGGGAUGAACUCUUAAUACCAGCAGAUAUUAGCAACCAGUCUCUACCAACAGAAGAAGAUGUGUUAUACUUCACAGAACAGCUCCAAACUGCGCCCAGGGGCUCUGCAAAGCAAGGAAAUCACCAAGCAGGCUACAACACAUCAACAGAUACACCACCAUCAUUUCUCGGUCUUGGAGACCCUGUUUAUCAAAAUAAUAAUCCGUGUGGCGCUGGAGAAUUUUCUACUCAGCAUUUGCACUGUGUAUUAGAUCCAAAUCAACAGACAAUGGAUACCAGUGCAACAGUUGCUGAUGAAUCGGGUGAUGCUUUGCAUAAUAACGGUUAUGGAAGUCAGGAUAGUUUUGGAAAGUGGGUGAACAACUUCAUAAGUGACUCUCCUGGUUCAGUGGAGGAUCCUUCCCUUGAAGCUGUAUAUACACCUGGGCAGGAAUCAUCUGCUCCUCCUGAUGUAUAUCAUGCUGAGUCUAACAUACCGGAGCAAGUAUUCAACAUUACUGAUGUUUCACCUGCCUGGGCUUAUUCGACAGAGAAAACAAAGAUACUUGUAACUGGGUUCUUUCACGACAGCUUCCAACAUUUUGGAAGAUCAAAUCUCUUCUGCAUUUGCGGGGAGUUGCGUGUCCCCGCGGAAUUUCUUCAGAUGGGGGUUUAUCGUUGCUUCCUUCCCCCUCAAUCUCCUGGGGUGGUGAACCUUUAUCUAAGUGCCGAUGGGAACAGACCGAUAAGCCAAUUAUUCAGCUUCGAACACCGCUCAGUUCCAGUUAUUGAAAAAGUCGUUCCUCAAGACGACCAGCUAUACAAGUGGGAAGAAUUUGAGUUCCAAGUCAGACUCGCUCAUCUUCUGUUCACUUCUUCGAACAAAAUCAGCGUUUUCUCAAGCAAAAUCUCACCUGAUAACCUGCUAGAGGCUAAGAAGCUCGCCAGCAGGACUUCUCAUCUCUUGAACAGUUGGGCGUAUUUAAUGAAGUCAAUCCAGGCGAAUGAGGUGCCGUUUGAUCAAGCGAGGGACCAUCUCUUUGAGCUUACUCUUAAAAAUAGGCUGAAGGAGUGGCUUUUGGAGAAAGUGAUCGAAAACCGCAACACGAAGGAGUAUGACUCUAAAGGCCUUGGAGUGAUCCACCUCUGUGCCGUCCUUGGAUACACUUGGUCGAUCCUUCUUUUCUCCUGGGCAAAUAUAUCACUGGAUUUCCGUGAUAAGCAUGGCUGGACCGCUCUUCAUUGGGCAGCAUACUAUGGAAGGGAGAAAAUGGUGGCGGCUCUUUUGUCUGCCGGGGCAAGGCCAAACUUGGUGACGGACCCGACUAAGGAAUUCCUCGGCGGCUGCACGGCGGCUGAUCUGGCACAGCAGAAAGGUUAUGACGGUUUAGCAGCUUUUCUUGCUGAGAAAUGUCUUGUAGCACAGUUCAAGGACAUGAAAAUCGCUGGUAACAUCAGCGGCAACCUUGAGGGUAUCAAGGCAGAGACGUCAACAAACCCAGGGCAUGCAAAUGAAGAAGAGCAGAGCCUGAAGGACACUCUGGCGGCAUACAGAACCGCUGCAGAGGCGGCGGCGCGGAUUCAGGGAGCGUUCAGGGAGCACGAGCUGAAAGUCAGGUCAAGCGCGGUUAGGUUUGCUAGCAAGGAAGAAGAAGCCAAAAACAUAAUAGCAGCGAUGAAGAUUCAGCAUGCGUUUCGCAACUACGAGACACGUAGGAAGAUUGCAGCCGCUGCUCGGAUUCAGUACAGGUUCCAAACAUGGAAAAUGAGGCGGGAGUUUCUCAACUUGCGGAAUAAGGCAAUUAGGAUCCAGGCUGCGUUUAGAGGGUUCCAAGUAAGAAGACAGUAUCAGAAGAUAACAUGGUCGGUGGGAGUUCUUGAGAAGGCGAUUCUGAGGUGGAGACUGAAGAGAAGAGGAUUCAGAGGGCUUCAGGUUAGCCAACCUGAGGAGAAGGAAGGGGAUGAGCCGGUGGAGGAUUUCUACAAGACAAGCCAGAAACAAGCGGAGGACCGGCUGGAGAGGUCAGUGGUUCGAGUCCAGGCCAUGUUCCGGUCCAAGAAGGCUCAGCAAGAUUAUAGGAGGAUGAAACUGGCUCAUGAAGAAGCUCAGCUUGAGUAUGAUGGGAUGCAAGAGCUUGAUCAAAUGGCUAUGGAGAGUUGA